AUGCAUGCCGUAGCAUUGCGAGCUCUUCGCAUAAGCAGAUAUCCUGUUCCCAGGCAGGCAUGUCGAAUUAUCGCAGGCUGUAGAUACCCCCCUCCUCGACGCACCUUUCACCGAUCAGCAAUCUCCUACAGUACACCUGAAGACCCACCGAUUCCAGAAAAUGACAAAGGGGAGAAAACUGGCAUAGAGGAUAUCUCGAAAGUAUCUGAAGAUGCUGAGUUGGAAAAUUCGGUGGAUGUUCCGCAGGUGCCUGCGGAAGCAGAGUUGGACAACCCAGUGGCAGAAGAUCCAAUACAGCCAGUUGAUAGCAUAGAGUCUGAGCAAAGGUCUCGAGGGAGAGUCUCGGGCCGACUCCUAAGAGCAAAUCGACAAAAACAACCGGAAGGUCUGCCACCGAUUGUACUGCCGGAUUGGUAUUGGAAUAAUGUUAAAUUGGUCGGAGAGCUGCCACAGAGCGGCUCGCUCGGUGUCUACUAUGACAGUAGCGUCACAGACUCUAAGACUAGUCCGACAGAUCUUGAGGCAACUGAGAAAAUGAGCCAUGCAAUUAAAUCCAACGCGGAGUGCGACCUGCCUUCCAACGAGGAAGCAAAAUAUAGCAUGCACGUUGAUGUUUACAGGGAGAUUUUGGCAUCCAUCAGAGCAGGAUUGAAAUUACGCCCCUCACAAACGAUCUUGGAUGGUAAAAAUGUCGUGAGACCCAUUCUCCACUUGCAAUGUCCUAAAUACGGAGGGAUAAUGUACCUAGACUCUGUCGUGGAGACGAUUUCGACCAAAUUAGGAGCCGAUCUUAUACGUCUCGAUCCGGUCGACAUAGCCCAAAUUCUGGGGCCAUAUAUCGACGAGAAUCUAGCCUGGACUUCAGCGAAAGCAUCUCUUUUAGGCUACGAAACCUCGAGAAUGGCGGGCAGAUUGGAAGAUUACGAAACAGACACGAGCCCGGCGUCUGAAGAUAUAGAAGGAGGUGAGGAGGAAGACUUGUUGGGCAUGGGGAAAAAGUCUGGUCCUGCAAUUGCCUUCACGGCAGCAAACUCUUCUGAAGCACAGAAAAAGUUCUCGGCGAUUUUCAACCGAUUAAAGGGGUCACUUUCACCGGCAGCUGAUAAUAACAGGCGGUCAUCAGAUGUCGUGAUGCCAUUUGCCAAUUUCGCAGAUCCGAACUUUUCGGCUUCUAGCAAUAGUAACUCAUCCUUCAGCAACGUGAAAUCUAAUGGUGAACAGUGGAACGAUUUGAAGACUAUGGCUUUACUUGAGGCAUUGGUAGCUGGGGCCGAUUCAAAACGUCUAUCGGAGUCCUCAGGUACUGAUGCAACCAACACAAGAGACCUCAUCAUACAAGUUCGUGAUUAUAAGGAUUUGACGAGAACUUAUGAUGGAUAUAAUAUCAUCGAUAAACUGCGGACAGUGGUCACCAAACGCUGGCAGUCCGGACGCAACGUAAUCAUGAUCGGAACAAGUAUGUUGGAGCUAGGAAAAUCCGGGCUCACAGCAGCAGGUAUUCAGCAUAUCCAAUCGGACAUAGUCGAAAUCGAGAAAAGAACAAUAAUUGUCCCUCCGGAUCGAAGGCCAAAACAAGAUGAAGUAUUUGUAUCCGACGACAAGCUACACGUCCGAGCCUUGAAUAUACGACAUGUCGAGGAUAUGAUCACGAAACUCGCAGGCGAUGCAUCUAUCACUGUGAAUAUAGAGAAAGACCUCGACAGCGCAUGGGCCGACUCUGCUGGUUUAGGUGAUUCGGUUUGGCAUUAUGCUCGCGUACAAAGGCUUGCAACGACUAUUUUAGGACUGGAACAUAAUCCGGAGACUAUAGAUGGACCUACGUUUUGGAAAGCUCAACAGCUGCUUUCCCAAAGUGAUAGUGCCAAAUUCUCUUGGGGCGUAGCGGAGUCAAAGGAGGAAUAUGAUGACAUCGACAUGAACAAGAAGCCUGAUCAAACCGAUGCUUCCUCAAAAAACAAAACCAUUAACAUUCAGGAUAAAUUGAAGCAGAUUCGAAAAACGUGCACUCCUCACGAGAAGAAGCUGCUCGGAGGUGUGGUCAUACCUUCGGAUAUUCACACCAGGUUCGAAGAUGUCCAUGCUCCAAAAGAAACCGUGGAAGCACUGAAGACUCUAACAAGCUUGUCAUUGAUACGACCGGAGGCUUUCACUUAUGGUGUACUCGCUACCGAUAAGAUGCCUGGUUUGCUCUUGUAUGGACCUCCUGGUACUGGUAAGACUCUUUUGGCCAAAGCAGUGGCUAAAGAAUCUGGCGCGACCGUUCUUGAGAUCAGCGGUGCUGAAGUCAACGACAUGUACGUUGGUGAAGGCGAGAAGAACGUCCGAGCAAUUUUUACCCUGGCUAAGAAACUUUCACCUUGUAUUGUAUUCAUCGACGAGGCAGAUGCUAUAUUCGCUGCUCGUGGUGAUACUAAACGCUCAACUGCCCAUAGAGAGAUGAUCAAUCAAUUUCUACGGGAAUGGGAUGGCAUGAACGAUCUUUCUGCCUUCAUCAUGGUUGCUACCAAUCGACCGUUUGACCUUGACGAGGCUGUACUGCGCCGACUGCCCCGAAGGCUCCUGGUAGACUUACCUGUCGAGAAGGAUCGCGAGUCUAUUCUCAAAAUUCAUCUCAAAGGUGAGAUCAUCGACGAGUCGGUCUCUCUUGUUGAAAUCGCCAAAAACACACCCUAUUACUCUGGAUCGGAUCUGAAAAAUCUAUCAGUCGCCGCUGCAUUGGCAUGCAUCCGUGAAGAGAACGAAAUUGCUGCCAAGUGCGAAGAUGAUACACCUUACACAUACCCCGAGAAACGUAUCCUCACCAAAAAGCAUUUCGACAGGGCAAUGGAGGAGAUAAGUGCUAGUAUUAGCGAGGAUAUGAGCACGCUCUCUGCAAUCCGCAAAUUCGACGAGAAAUACGGUGAUAGAAAGGGAAGGAGAAAGAAGAGUGCAGGGCUAGGUUUCGGGGGUACGGCAGUUCCAGAGAAGGAUUCUGAGGCGGGGAGAGUGAGGAAAUCACCGAUGGCGGCGUAG